AUGGAAUCCAAUCUCAUUGCGGCCUUCCUACCCAUCUUCCCCACAUUUGACGUCGAUGAAUGCUCACAGGCUAAAGGCCUCAUGGAAAAAUUGAUCGAUGAGAAGAAAAUUCUCACAACCCUGGACCAGAAUUUGACGGGGAUGGCAGAGCUCAUCCUUCCGGGGGAAACCCUUUCUCAGGCUCUUACGCGUGCUUACGACAACGGGCCCGACUGGCGGUUGGCAAAGGUUGCCGCCGAAACUGUGCAUUCCUUGAACAUUCCGGGAAGGCGGUUUGCUGAAACCGUCUGCUACGAUACUUGGACCGCCGCAAAUAUCGUUCAACUCCUUCAAGGAGUGCGAACGGCGGCUACCCCCGAAGCAAUCGCGGCGAGGCACCGCUGGACCCGGCGCCGCACCUUGUACCUUCAGAUUCUUGCUAUUCUUGAGCCGAAGGAAAGCGUCCAGGAUGCCUUGGACAGGCUGUUGAACGACGACGACGGCCAGGGACACGUCCGCCGCCGUCUAUCAGAUGCAGCGGAUUGUCUGAUUCACCAACUGGAGGAGCCCCCCGCUUUCAGGGAUCUUGAAAAGGAAGCUAAAGGCCUCAUGGAAAAAUUGAUCGAUGAGAAGAAAAUUCUCACAACCCUGGACCAGAAUUUGACGGCGAUGGCAGAGCUCAUCCUUCCGGGGGAAAACCUUUCUCAGGCUCUUACGCGUGCUUACGAUAACGGGCCCGACUGGCGGUUGGCAGAGGUUGCCGCCAAAACUGUGCAUUCCUUGAACAUUCCGGGAAGGCGGUUUGCUGAAACCGUCUGCUACGAUACUUGGACCGCCGCAAAUAUCGUUCAACUCCUUCAAGGAGUGCGAACGGCGGCUACCCCCGAAGCAAUCGCGAUUCUUGCUAUUCUUGAGCCGAAUGAAAGCGUCCAGGAUGCCUUGGACAGGCUGUUGAACGACGACGACGGCUAG